AUGGACUUCAUAAGUGAUGAUUUAUACGGUAAUAAUCCGGAAUUGGAAUUUAAAAAAAGGGAAUAUGUCUACCUAUCUUCCAUUGCCAGUUUGGAAUUUGAACUAGAAAGGCUGAAAAAUACUUUUUCUGGGCUGCCUUUGGAAAGCUUGAGUUCUCUAUCAAAUAAUGACGUGGAUACGACUUUGAAUUUGGAUGGAAUUCCAGUGCAUCCCCUAGUCAAACUUGAACUUGAAAGGUUGAAAAAAGAGGUUCAGGAAAAGGAUAUUUUACUGGAAACUGCAACUACAGAAAUGAAUGUAGCAACGUUUGAUGCCCAAAGUCUAAUUGGCCAACGGCUAGUACUGAAGUGUAAAGUAUUGCAGGAGGAGAACAAGUAUUUGGGUAAGAAAAUCCUAACCCUAAAAUGUGCAAAUCCAACUACAAAUAGCAAGUAUGAAUAUCAGGAUUUUUUGGAGGGAGAGAUUAAGAAACUGCACUGUAUAAUAGAAGAUCUGGAGAUUGAAAAUGAAAGGCUAAGCAAUACCCUUAAAUCUCUAAAUAAAACAUACACGCCGGUGGCUACUCCAACUGAUCGACCAGGCGACCGAAUCCAUGACAAUUAUCUGGAUAAUACAUAUAAUAAAAAAGAUAACCAUGAGGGAUAUCAUAAAUCAGACAAGUAUGAAAGAUUUGAAAAGUCGGAUAAAUACGAUAUAUACGAAAGAUGCGACCGGUAUGAAGAAAAGAGUUACAGAUCCAAACACGACUCUCACCGAAACAAGCCACACUCGAAUAGGCAUAGAGAUGUUAAUUAUAGUAGAAGGUCAGCCUCAAAAUCUCCUGGCAGGAGUAGAUCGUAUCGUUCUCCCUAUCAUUCCCAUAGCCAUAGCCACUCUUCACGGCACCGGCACCACAACUGA